AUUUACUAUGGCUGAUGAUCUGGAGCAGCAGUGAGUUAAUCCUGUCCCUUUCUCUCUUUCUCUCUCUCUCUGGGCCAUGAUCCUGGGACUGUCUGUGGCUGAGGAACAGUGGUAGACACCUUCCCGCCCUUCCUUUUCCAGACCUCAAGGCUGGCUGAGUAGCUGGCUGCCAACGUGGCGCCCCACUUCCAUGUCUCAGCUGAAGAAUGUGGAAGCCAGGAUCCUCCAGUGUCUCCAGAAUAAGUUCCUGGCUAGAUAUGUGUCCCUCCCAAACCAGAAUAAGAUCUGGACGGUGACUGUGAGCCCCGAGCAAAAGGACCGCACCCCUCUGGUGAUGGUGCAUGGCUUUGGGGGCGGCGUGGGCCUCUGGAUCCUCAACAUGGACUCACUGAGUGCCCGCCGCACGCUGCACACCUUCGAUCUGCUUGGCUUUGGACGAAGCUCAAGGCCAGCAUUCCCAAGAGACCCAGAGGGGGCUGAGGAUGAGUUUGUGACCUCGAUAGAGACAUGGCGGGAGACCAUGGGGAUCCCCAGCAUGAUCCUCCUGGGACACAGUUUGGGAGGAUUCCUGGCCACUUCUUACUCAAUCAAGUACCCUGAUAGAGUUAAACACCUCAUCCUGGUGGACCCAUGGGGGUUUCCCCUCCGACCAACUAACCCCAGUGAGGUCCCUGCACCCCCAACCUGGGUCAAAGCCGUGGCAUCUGUCCUAGGACGUUCCAAUCCAUUGGCUGUUCUUCGAGUAGCUGGGCCCUGGGGGCCUGGCCUGGUGCAGCGAUUCCGGCCGGACUUCAAACGCAAGUUUGCAGACUUCUUUGAAGAUGACACCAUAUCAGAGUAUAUCUACCACUGCAAUGCACAGAAUCCCAGAGGCUCACUGUGUUGCCCAGGCUCAAGUGCAGUGGUGCGAUCUUGGCUCACUGCAACCUCCAUCUCCCAGGCUCAGCGAUUCUCCUGCCUCAGCCUCCUGAGUAGCUGGGAUUACAGCGGUGAGACGGCAUUCAAAGCCAUGAUGGAGUCCUUUGGCUGGGCCCGGCGCCCCAUGCUGGAGCGAAUUCACUUGAUUCGAAAAGAUGUGCCCAUCACCAUGAUCUAUGGGGCCAACACCUGGAUAGAUACCAGUACGGGAAAAAAGGUGAAGAUGCAGCGGCCGGAUUCCUAUGUCCGAGACUUGGAGAUUGAGGGUGCAUCUCACCACGUCUAUGCUGACCAGCCACACAUCUUCAAUGCUGUGGUGGAGGAGAUCUGCGACUCAGUUGACUGAGCCACUCUCUGAAGAGGAAGAGGAGAAAGCCAGAGUCGCUCCUGCCUCCCUGUCUGCUUACUCACCUACUCUGUCCUUUCCUCACCAACUAACAUGUGCCAGCCAGGCAGAGUCUUGGGCUGUUCCCAGAACAGGACCACAGUGAAAAGAACACUGCUGACCCCACGCUGAGGGCUGAAGGCAGAAGCCACAAGAGGUCUUGAGCGCCCCACCCUGGGGAAGAACAUAAAGGGUUGCCAAUGCCACCCCAUCCACUCCUUGCCAAGUGUUACCCAGACGGUGGAGGAUGGGAAGGGAUUGCACUGAGCCGCAUUCGCUCUCUCUGCGGCCUUUCUUCCUCUGGGCAAAAAGGGCUUCCAAUGGCCAUUCCUUGCUCUGCAGUGUUUGUGGGGAUAGGUUCUGUGCAAGAAUACCUUCCUCUUCCAUCCCUCAUUUCACCCCCAUCCCAUGCCAGUUCCAUCCAGGGUCUGGUUAACUGCCAAGAGCAGGUCCUAGAGUUCCCUUCACCUGCAGAGCCCUUUCCAUGACCUAGAAGCUCCUUAUCCAAAGCCCUCAUUGACAGAAGAGGAAAGAGGCCAAGGCGGGACAUGGCUGGACCAUGGUGAUAUAGCGCUCUGUGUGAUACAAGUUCUGACAGAGAUAAGGCGAGAGCCCAGGUUUGCCAACACCCCGUUGCACACUUGAUUUGCUAAGGCUUGAGACAGGCACCAUUGCCAUGGGGCUGGUCCUGGUCACCAGCCAAGGAUAAGCCAGUCCCUGCCCCACUUUCUAGACUCACUUUGCCGGGGUGCUGUUGUCCUGCCUGUGUCAGCCCUGGCUGCCUAAACUAGGGACACUCAAGUGCUUCCUUCCUUGCCCCAUCUUCCUCCCAACUAGAGGCCUCUGAGCCUCCCCUGUGCCUUGGGCCCUAAAGCCCCACAUGUAAUAUAGAGCAAAGGCGGCUCCUGGUGGAGAAAAGGGGAAGGGCCCUUCAGCACCAGAGCCAUGGCUGGGCUCUCCAUGCCUUUCAGUCUCUGCAGUAUCUCUACCUGCCCCCAGAGCCGAGGCUACCUGCAAGCCCCUGCCCAUGGUCCAGUGGGGAGCCUCCAGCUACCAGUUCCCUGUCCUUAUCAGCCACAGGGUGGUUCCCACUGCAUGACCCUCUAUCCCUGCCAUCUGUCUCCAUGGUUUCCAGCUCAGUCCACCCCGACCCACCGUCAGCCCUCUCCCAGGGAGCUAUUUCAGGGGUUCUGGGCAGUAGGCUGGGCCUGGCCUCGGAACCUUGCAGCUCCUGCCUGCUCCUUCACUUUAGUAAAAUCAACCCUUUCACCAGAAUGGUAUUAACUCCUGGUGCUUUGUACUACUGGUCCAGCUGCCCUGGGCUCCUUUUCUAUAUUAAUAAAGAAAUGAGUAAAAA